AUGGCAGAGGAACUCUUUAGCUGGAACAGUUCGUGGUACUGUGGUCUUUACUAAGCCAUCACUUUUCCAAAAUCUUGUUUAUUUCCGGUUCGGUUCGGUUUUCGUGUGUUUUUGGGCAUUUGUCAACCUGGGUCAAAAUGGCGCCCGAGUGAGACAUCUUUCUCGGUAAACGAUCUUUGUAAACAGUGGCGUUAAUUUACUGCGCAUGCUUAGGCGACACAAGUCCGCGAGCCUCCACGUCUGAGCUCGAGCGCUAUGAGCCAAUCAGAAGCGGCCACCGUGUGUUUGGAAACAACAUUCGUGCGGUUAAAGUUCCGUGUGACGGACAACAAGUGAGGAGAGGAGAACCAGAACCAUGGCCGUGGAAGGUUCUCGACCAAACACGACCCGUCUGCUCAUUAAAUCACCGAACCAGACUCUGAAGGACCACAGCGUCGACGGUGUCCACCUGGACUGGACCGUGAAGGACCUGAAGACGCUGCUGUCCAACGACUACCCGACGAAACCGGCUGUCAGUGAUCAGAGACUCAUCUUCGCUGGUAAACUGUUACCUGAUCAUUUUCUCCUCAGAGACAUUUUCACACAGACAGACUCGGUGAACACUCUGCACCUGGUUUCUGCCUUCAGGAAUCAACAUGGAGUCAGAGCUGAGUCCACAGAGACGGAGCGCUCGCAGAGACUCACAGCAGCGUCUGUGUCCACAUCCAACAUCACAGAGCUGAGACACCGGAGUCACUGGACAUCAUCUUCAUCAUCUGCUGCUGUUCCCAUGUCUCCAUCAUGGAAUCCUGCUGAUACUGCAAGGUGGGGAGCGCCACAGGUGGCUCCGCCCACAUUUCCCAGCCACUCCCUGUACAGUGGUGAGCAGCUGCUGUGGCUGCAGCUGGUCUACGCUCGACAGUUUUACCUGCAGUACCACGCCGCUUUGGCAGCAGCAAACUCCGCCUCCUCUCCACCAGCCUCAGUCUUCGCCCAGUACCCUCCUGUCCCCGCCCACCAAGUCGUCCCCACACCGGCCCCGCAAGCCAACGAGAACCCCGUCGACGACCUGCCGGCCAAUCAGAAUGUGGCGCAGGACAGGGUCUUCAUCGGUGCGGGAGUGGCCAAUCAGAACCUGCGUAUGAACGCGCAGGGCGGAGCCGUGAUGGAGGACGAGGAUGUGGCAGAACACGAUUGGCUGGACUGGUUUUAUUCUGCUGCGAGACUCGGUGUUCUGCUCAUGAUCAUUUACUUCAACUCAAACCUGAGUCGCCUCCUGCUGGUGAUGAGUACGCUACUGCUCCUCUACCUGCACACUGCUGGUUGGUUUCCCUUCAGAAGACCUCAGGCUCAAAGACCUGAUCACCUCCAGCCCCUGGAGGUCCGGCAGAACCAGCAGAACCAGAACAGGAAUCCAGCAGACGUCGCUGACAGACAGGGGGAGGAGGUUGUUGCUGACAGACAGAGGGAGGAGCUUGUUGCUGACAGACAGGGGGAGGAGCUUAUGGUUGCAGGACACGAAGCAACGAUGGCGGUUUUGGUUCCUGCACACCGGACUUCGGUGAUGUGGACGGCCUGGGUUUUCUUCAGAACCUUCUUCUCCUCGCUGAUUCCUGAGGGUCAACACAUUUGACCGAGGGAAGGGGACACAAGGACGGGGACACCAGAGAGACACAUGUGCCAAAAACAUUAUACUUUAUUUGAAAAUGUAUAAUUAUUAAAAACUUGUAUAUUUGUGGAUAAUUUCAGUUCAAUACAAACAUUUAAAUAAAGUUUGAUUUAAAUGUGAAAAUCCACAGAUCAAAGAAAUCAACGAUCACAAGACGACAAAAUGUCAACUUUCAGUUUAAAAACUGAAAAAAGAAGCAAAAACAAAGUUUCACAGAAGCUUGAAAGAAAGUUUGAUCUGUUAAUAAUUGACAAUAACUGCUAAUAAUUGUUAAUAAUUGUCUGUACGUUUCAUCAGACAAACUGAAUCAAACUCAUCAACAGAUUUCAGAAUCAGAAAAUCAUUUUCUGUAAAAUAAUAAAUAUAAAGUUUGUACAUAUUUGUAAACAAAGCACUUUACUUUGAAAAGAUUGAAGUUCUUUCUGUGAUAAAGUUAAAACAACGAUGUUUGAGUCAUGGACGUCAGGUCAGGUGACUUUCUUCCUGUGUUUUUUUUUUUUUGUUUAUGGCCAAAGAUUUGAAAUAAACAUUGAAACCAGGCCCUGUUUCAGGAAGCUGGUUCAACAGACUCUGA